AUGUUUAAUGACCAUGAUAAAUGUCUGUUCGGUGAUGGAGAUCUGAACGUAUAUAAUAAAAAUAAUGUGUCGAUUCGCUUGUUCCACCAUCAACUUAAGACUAUCUCUACAAAUACACUUAGCUACGACAACUACGAUUAAAAGAGGAUAACUAUGAGAGACAAGAUACACACAAUGACAUAUGAACACCACCAACUACUAUAAGACAGCGAAUAUUUAUAUUGUAAAAAUUGUACAUAUUUUUUAAAUAAAAGCAAAAAAUGUAAUAUAUGAAAUAAUCGAUAAAUAAAUAAUAUUUUAACAAACAACAAAAGAAGUUUUUUUCCCACUAAAUUUCACACCCAUAGUCCAUGUUACUGAAGUGAUUCACUCUCCUUUCUUCUACUUCCUGCAGUCUGGAUGGUGGAAACACAUCCAGUCCCUCUAUAACAUCCUGUCUAUCAAUAUUUUGUGAUGGUAUUUUCUUUAAUUCUGCUAAUUCAUACGAUUUUAAUAUUUUGCCUCUAUCUAACUUGAUGACUUUUAAUAAGAAUUUGAAAAAUUAAAUUGAUCCAAUACAUGUUACUAGCCACCACAGUAGUAUGUGUUAAACUUUCUUUUUUAGCUUUUUUUUCCAAAAUAGCAUGUCUGACAUCGCAAUUUAUUUUAUAAUUGGCUUCAUAUAUAUUUCUCAAAAUGAUCUAUAUCAUAACUAGAGAAUUUUAUGAGAUCAAUUGUUAACCAUUUAAUAACUUGGUUAAUAAAUUUCCUACUGAUCUUAAAGCUACAUUCCUUGCAACCAUUUCCUCUGACGUGGUAUUUCCUAUAAAAUUCACCUUUCCUGGUAUUACACCUAUUACAUAAAGCAUCUACACUAAAUACUAUCAUUGAAUUAUAAUGUUUCCAGUAAGAUAUCUAUCUGCAUCUAGGAACUAUAAUAUUGUGUAUUGGACGGUCAUUAUUUCAAUUGAUUCCACAACUACAACAUUUAUAAAAAUAAUAAAUUAGUGUUCUCAGAAAAAAAAAAAAAUACAAUAUUUUCAAACAUACACGAUUUAGAAUCCAUAUCUUAUUCUUUUAUAUGAAAUUUGUGUAAGUCUUAAUGAUAUAUCAGCGGAUGUGUCGAUGACUGCAGAACAGAAAUCGAUUAUCAUUCAAUUUAACAUAUUCGUCCACCGCACUUUCCAAUAAUGAUGAAUUACAAAUUCCUAUACAUAAUACUGAAUCGCAUACUCUACCAUGCGAAAGUUUUAUGUACUUCGAAGGAUCGAUAACACAACCAGCAGGUUCAACUGAAGAUGCUAAUUUUAUACACAACGGAUCGACAUUUCUUUUCUCCGAAAUUAAAUACGAGCUGAACAGAAUUCAAAUACAAAAAAUCGUUAACUCCCGCAUAUCUACAACAUUAAAAGUAUAUUGUUCGUAUACUAAAUCGGAUAUUACUUCCCAUUAUAAUGCCGCUUGGGAUAGUGAUUUCAAAAAUGCCAAUACAAAUUUUAUUGAAAGUUCGUCGUUUAACCGGUGUGUUAAUCUAACAGAUUUGUUUGGUUUUAGUGAAGAUUAAAAACGGAUUCUAAUAAACUGUAACUAACCACUCGUGUUAAAUAGAGCUUCAUUGGAUAUAAACGCAGUUAAAUUUCCCGACUAUAAUGCAAUAGAUAUCCCUAAAUUAAAAGACGUCAAAAUCAAUAUUUCUAAAAUAGUAUGGAAAAUGCCAAUGGUGCAAGUUGGCGAUAAAGAAAAAAUUAAAUUAAUAUAA